GUGUUAUUCGGCAAUGUAAUUCAAAAGCUUACCACUCUCACCCUCUUUCUCCCACCGACGUCCAGGCUCCGUGCAACCUGAAUACCUCCCUUACGAUCGGGUUCGAGUUGGAUCAUUCAAGCUGCCUGGGUCCUGUAUAAAAACUGGUAGGUAUCCUCGUCCUUCUUCACUGCAACCUUUCCCACACCAGCUUUUCCGGUUGCAACACCAACUUCGCGCAAUAUGUCUUCAAGUACGACUCUCGCACCUCUAUUCGAACCUCUCAAACUCGGAUCCCUCAGCUUAAGGAACAGAGUGGUCAUGUCUGCCUUAACCCGCAAUCGGUCGUUGCCGGAUACUGUUCCCAACUCUUUGAACGUGGAAUACUACCGCCAACGUGCUCGUGGAGGGGCUGGCCUUAUUCUUACAGAGGGAACCUUGAUUACUCCUCAAGGGUCCGAAUGGCCCUAUGCGCCUGGGAUCUGGAGCGAGGAACAAGUGAAUGGGUGGAAAAAGGUUACUAGUGCUGUCCAUGAAGAGGGUAGCUUGAUGUUCUGUCAGCUCUGGCACCUUGGGCGUGUUAGUCACCCAGAUGCUCCAGAGCAAAAGAAAGCCGGUGUGCCGGUUUAUGCACCCUCAGCCAUCGCAGCGCGUGGCGGGAACUUCCGCUUCCUCGAAGGAGGACCUGGAUAUGUUACACCGACUGAAAUUGACGACCCGUUGAAACUCAUUGAACUAUUCAAAAAAGCCGCCAGAAAUGCGAAGAAAGCUGGAUUUGAUGGCGUCGAAUUGCAUGGUGCCAACGGAUACCUUGUCCACCAGUUCCUCGACAGCACCUCCAACAAGCGCACGGACAAAUGGGGCGGUAGCGUCGAGAAUAGGUGCAAGUUUGGGUUAGAGACUCUAAAAGCACUCAUUGAAAUCUGGGGAGCAAAUCGUGUCGCCAUCAAGAUCUCUCCUACUGGUGGCUACAACGAUAUGGGCAUGCCGCUGGAAGAGACUCUCGAGACUUACCGGCAUUUCCUCUCUGAGGUAGACAAACUCAAACUGGCAUACAUAUGCGUAGCGCGAUACUCCGACCUGACUGAUCCUGUUUUUGAUGGUCAAAAGCGUGGAAUACCUCAUGAUGUCGUGGAAUCAUACAGACCGUCCGUCAAGAGCACUCGUUUCUUUAUCAACGGUGGGGUUUCUCCGGAUGAAGGUGCACAAUUCAUUGCAGAUGGGAAAGCCGACGCUAUCGUUUUUGGUUUCCUCCACAUUGGCCAUCCAGAUCUGGCAAAAAGAAUCAAAUAUGGCAAGGCUUUACAUCCGGAAGCCACACAAUUUACCAAGUUCUAUGGUUUCGAGGGAACUUUAGAAGAACAAGCUGCAGGAUAUACCGAUUAUCCAGAGGAGAAAUACGACGACAUCCCCGCUGGAAAGACUAACAGUUCUAUGUUCGGGCAGGUCAAUAAGAAGUUCCGUAACCUGCGGAAGCGACUCACACUGUCGUAAAGUCUAUUACGUGCAUUCGAUGCAUCAUUCAUACCAGUUCAUACCCAUGUAAUCUGUUUGUUCUAGCGGUUUGGUCCAUAAUUCUGUUGCGCCUGAUACCUGAA